AACAGCGCAGCACGGACGCCCCCAGCAGCAGAAAAAAAACGGACUGGUUGGCGAUGGCACAAGAUAAAGGACUCAGUGUCGGUCGUGUCCCAAGUGCAGUCGGUCUACACCGUCUCUGAUUUUAUACCGCGCGCUAUUUCUUUAGAUAUAUUCGUUCGCCAUCAGCACAGAGUGUCGAUAUAGUCGUGUCAAAAUUUAUUUUGAUUUUUUCAUUUAAAAAUUUAUUUUUGGGUCUAUUAGUUUUGAUUAUUUUUGCAUUCGAAAUUGAACCUAAAUCGAAUUUUCGGGUGAAAAAGAGAGAGAGUGUUCAUUUUCAACCUGUGGGGGGAAAGAGAGAUAGAAAAGUGGUGUGCUGGAAAUUCGGUUCGAAAUAUAGAUGUGUGCUGCUGUGUGCGCUGUGUGUGAUGUGUGCUGUGUGUGUGCCAUGUAUUAGGUUUGAUAACCGACAAUCUUUGCAUAGAGUUUGAGCGCUGCUGGGGGCCACGCAGCAGGACAGGACAGGAUCAAUCGCUUCUAUACAUUUGAUGCUGGCGCUCCCGAGAAAUAUAAUAUUAGAUGAUAUGCUGAGAUGAGUUCGAUCGCUCGCCAGUUGCUGCUGGCUCCAGCUCCGUUUAACGGCGACGAGAUAGCACGAGAUUUCCGUCGACAACUCGUCGCAUCAGCAGCAACAACAACCACCGAUGACUUGAAAGACGCGCCGAGUGCUCCUGCCGCCGUUUAUUAGGCGACCCAAUCAAAAUUUCCGACAAAUUUCAUCACAAAAAUUGUUUCAAUUUCAUUUUUCAUUUGAGUUUUUCGGGGAGUUUUUUUGUUUAUUUUGAUUUGAUUCGCAAGCAAUUGGAUAUAUAAAUAUUCUAAAAGUGAUUCGAUAAUAAAAAUGGAGGCGGUGUCGACGGUGAUGGCGGCGGCGGCUGCGUUGACGGACAGCAGCACGGCGACGUCGGCCGCCCUGCCGGUGACGACGGCGUCCAGCCUCAUCACCAAGCGCUACUCGGCCAAAUUGGCACGGAUUCAAGGCUACGUCGUGCGGGGCGUGACGGCGGCCAAUAAACCGCCGCCGUCGUCGGCCGACGGCCAGCAGGCUUCCACCAGCAUUAGCGGCUCUUUGGGAUUCAACACCAAGCGGAGCGCUUUGCGGCUAGUUCGGCCCACUGUCGCCGGCCGCUCGGCCAUGAUGGGCCGCUCCAGCACGGGCUACUCGUCUCAAAAGACGGCCCAGGACACGUACUACAGCGGCAACAGCCUCAUCAAUUCAUCAACGACGCUGGGCUCUGAUUGGACGUUGGUUCACAGUCGGCCAGAGACGGACGGACGGCCGGCCAGCAAUCGCAACAGCAGCUGGGUUGGCUCCAUCACGGAGCUGAUCAACAGCACGACCGCCUGGCGAGAUCCGUACCUGAACAUUAGCACGGCCGGCUGCUCAUUUUUGAACGGAACGGCGUCAGCAGUUGGCGGCCGGAAUUGCCAGGGGGCCGACGACGGACUGAUGUGGGACAACAACAAUAACAACGGGACGGGCAUCAACGGGACGUCCAUCGACGACGACAUGGAAGCCAAAAACUUUUGGGCCCUCCUGCUCUUCCUGUUCCCACUUUUGACCGUGUUCGGCAACGUUCUGGUCAUCCUGAGCGUCUACCGCGAAAGAGCCCUCCAGACGGCCACCAACUACUUUAUCAUCAGUCUGGCCAUCGCCGAUUUGCUGGUCGCCACUCUGGUCAUGCCGUUCGCCGUUUACGUCACGGUGAACAGCAAGUGGGAUCUGCCGGACGUCGUCUGCGACUUUUACAUCGCCAUGGACGUCACCUGCAGCACGUCGUCCAUUCUCAAUCUGGUGGCCAUCAGCAUCGAUAGGUACAUCGCGGUGACUCAACCCCUCAAGUACGCCCGCCACAAGAACCACAAGCGGGUGUGGCUGACCAUCGGCCUGGUGUGGGCCAUCUCGGUGGCCAUCGGUCUGCCCAUCGUCCUCGGCUUGAACAACACGGAGCGACGCAUCCCGACCGACUGCGGCUUUUACAACGCCGAUUUCGUCAUCUACUCGUCUCUCUCCUCCUUCUACAUCCCCUGCAUCAUCAUGAUCUUCCUCUACUACCAAAUCUUCAAGGGGAUUAGGGAGCGGGCGAAGAGGGCGACGGCCAACCGGAAGCCGCAGCACGCUCAUCUGAUGGACAAUUUGGCGCCGCAUACGAAACGGCUGGCCGAGACGGCCAUGGGUGGGCCGCCCAUCGCCGGCGGUCAACAACAGACGGUCCCGCAGACGCAGAGAGUCCACGUGACGACGCCGGCCGGCUCCGGCAUCAGCAACGCGACGGACAACAACGCCGGAGGGUCAGCUGGUGGUGGUGCUGGUGCUGGAGCCACGACGGCCCUGGCCGGCUCGCUCCUCUCGCCGCCAGGUGUGACGCUGGCCAAGACGACCCUGCUGGGCCGGGCCGCCUCCAUGACGAUGGGCAACAAACAGCAGAGCCGCCGGCGGAGUCUCUUCGACGACGACAAAGGCACCGAUCAGGGCAGUGGAAGUCAAGACGAGGACGACGACGACAAUGGCGACGAGUGGGCAGAGGACGGCAGCAACAGCGGACUGCCCAGGGACAUUUCCACCGAGUUCAUGCUGGCUGCCAAUAAGCAGAAAGAGGCGGCCAACCAACAUAACGCAGUCGGAAAUAACAAGGCGCCGGGGUCGUUGGCGUUGGCGUCCAAGACGCUGCUGCUAACGACGACAACAACGACGGUUGCUGCGGCGACGGCGGCCACCAUGAGUGGCCUGAGCAACGGCGACGCGUCCAGCAACUACAACAAUCAACAGCCAGCGGCGUCGACCGGUGCUGGCGUCGACGCCGGCUCACUCGGCCAUUCUCUCAUGACCGACGGCGUCUCCUGCCUCUCCUUGCCAACCAGCCAGCAGCAUCAACCCAUCUCCAACGCCCAGCACAAUAAGAUCAAGCAGAGCGGGAGUAAUAAAGGCAAAGGAACACGAAGUGGCGGCGGUGGCAGCAGCUGCGGGGUGGACUCUACGGCCGGGACGCCGCCCAGCGGGAGUGGCAACAACGGCAACGGUGGCAACGGCAACGGGGCCGACAAGGAGAGCAAGCAAUACCAGACGGCCGGCUCCCGGUUCACCAUUUACAAAGUCAACAAGGCCAGCCGCAAGAAACGCGAGAAAUCCUCGGCCAAAAAAGAACGAAAAGCCACUAAAACGCUGGCCAUCGUCCUCGGUGUGUUCCUUAUUUGCUGGGUCCCUUUCUUCACGUGCAACAUCUUGGACGCCAUUUGCACCAAGUUUGAGCGCGACUGCCAGCCGGGCGGGACGGCCUUCCAGCUCACCACUUGGCUGGGCUACGUCAACUCGUUCAUCAAUCCCGUCAUUUACACCAUCUUCAAUCUCGAGUUCCGCAAGGCCUUCAAGCGCAUCCUCGUCUGCGCUGAUUGAUUCUCUUGUUAUGUCUGAUGUGUGUGUUUUUGGUGUUUUUUUUAUUUCUUUUGGGUUAAUAAUAAUUUAUUUUUUAAAAAAGGGGGAAUACAUUUUGACCGUGCCGUCUAAUAAUACAUAGAGAAUAAAUAUUUCAAUUUGUCUCCAAAUCAACCAAAAAAUCUAUAAAUAGAUGUAUAUAAUUAUCAUUUUUGGAGAGACGUAUAUUAUAUAAUUAUAUAUAUACUAUUUA